AUGGCGGAGAGCAAGCCGAGACGACCGUCUAGCGUAAUAAUCGCACCGGAGCUGCCUGCACCUCCCGCUGCGCUCAAUCGAAGACUCAGCCUACAAUUCACGCCCUCAUCGCCCACCUUCAAGCGGACGUCAUGGGUCGAAAUCGACGACGAUUUCGAGGAUGAAAAACAUGCUUUGGAGAGGAGCGGUACGCAGGCUUACCAGAACCGCGGACAACGCGGCGAAGAGAAGGUGGUCAGGACUCUUUGCGAUGAACAUCGGCUGGCGCAAUUGAAGUCGAUCAAGGUCGAAGGGCCUAUAUCGGAGACGCCUCCGGAAUCGUCUGCACCAGAGAAGGCACCUUCUCUAUGGCGAACUAUUCGAGCCAUCUACCCCUCUAUCCCCUACAAACCGGUUUUCUUCUUGGGCAUUGCGGUGUCCCUCCUCAGUGGAGCAAUGACUCCUGUCUUUUCGUUCCUGCUGUCUCGGUUGCUGUUUGAGGUGUCUACCGGAGCGCGGGACGUCUCGACAAUCAACAUGUUCGGCGGUAUUGUUCUCGGUAUCGCCGCUGCGGACGGUCUAUUCAUGGGACUCAAGUUCUUCAUUAUGGAGACUUUGGCUAUGAGCUGGGUUACUCGCAUCAGGAAGUCUUGUCUUGGACUAGUCUUGUCGCAGGACAAGAAGUGGUUUGACAAGACUGACAACAGCUCCGUUCGCCUUAUGAAUGUGCUGAUCAAGGACGGAGACGAUGCGCGGAGCCUUAUCGCCACCGUUAUUGCCCAAUGCAUGGUGGUCACAGCGAUGCUUAGCGUCGGCCUGAUCUGGGCACUUGUGCGUGGAUGGCAAUAUACUCUUGUCGGCCUUGCAAUUGCACCUGUAUUCGUGAUCACAAUGGCCGUUCAGACAAAUUUGGUCGCGAAGGCUGAAUACAGGAACAAGCGGGCUCGUGAAGAAGUUGCGAAGACCUACUACGAUGUUGUCUCAAAUAUUCGCGGUAUACGAUCUAUGGGUUUCGAGAACGUCUUUCAGCUUCAAUUUGAAAAGACGGUCGGCGAUGCUCUCCGUACUGGCGUGCGGGGUGCCUUUGUGGAAGGCUGCACUUACGGUGUUGCCAGUUCCUUGAUCUAUCUAGCAGAGGCCCUCCUUUUCUACGUAGGCGCUGUUCUCAUCGCAAAGGGGAUCUACACAUAUCUACAAAUGAUCGAGACCCUGCAGUUAAUCGUCUUUACAGUGACUCUCGGCUCCCAGCUCAUGUCAUUCACGAAUCGUAUUGCCAAGUCCGUCAAUGCCACCAACGACUUCAAUCGGCUUUUGCAGCUGUCGCCAGAAACGGAUGAAUCACGAGGACUCCUUCGGCCAGCUAUCGAAGGAGGGGUUGCUCUCCAGAACGUUGCCUUCUCAUACCCUGAGCGGUCCAACGUUCCCGUGCUGAAGGAUGUCUCCCUGUCCGUGGCAGAAGGCGAAUGUGUUGCGAUCGUUGGGGCUUCGGGAUCGGGCAAAUCUACCAUUGCUGCCUUGCUACAGCGUCUCUACGAACCUCAUGUGGGUUCGAUCACCCUCGGUUCUUCUGACGUACGUUCUAUCGACGUGUCGCAUCUGCGGGAACACGUCGCCGUUGUUAGCCAGAAUCCCAACCUCUUCGAUGCGUCCGUCCGGGACAAUAUCGCAUACGGCGCCACCGCACUAUCCGAUGACGAAGUUCGUCAAGCAGCGCUGGCCGCUAACGUAGACGAAUUUAUCAAUACUCUGCCAAAAGGCUAUGAUACCAUGGUCGGAGAGAACGCCUCGCUCAUCUCGGGAGGGCAAGCACAACGGAUCUCCAUCGCUCGAGCCCUCGCACGUCCGUCAAAGGUCCUCAUCUUGGACGAAUGCACGUCUGCCCUGGAUCCUGCCAACCAAGCUGUUGUGAUUGAGACCAUACGCAGUGCGAAAGUCGGCCGCACGACGCUGAUGGUGACCCAUAAGUUGCCACUUAUGCAGAUGUGCGACCGCAUUCUGGUUGUGGAAGACGGUGUCAUCGUCGAGGACGGUCCUUAUGAGACCUUGAUGCAGCGGAAUGGCGCCUUUUCGCGACUUGCCAGCGCAGGAGAAUGGUUCGGGCAGUGAUGCUGCUUGUGAUUUCCCCAUAUUUUAUCAUCGUCUUCGAUCUUUGGGAGCAUAAGCUUCCGCAACUGCCUUCGCCUUUCAUCUUCGAGUUCUCCACUUUCUCGGGUAUCACAACUGUAGACUUCGCUCAUAACUGCAAUGUAACUUACCAACACAAGCAUCUACUGUAUCUUAGACUGUAUGACACUCAACGCAAGUAAUCAUGAUAUGUAGUUCAAAGACUUGCCUGAAUUGAACUUCCUGCAUGUCCGGCGAUUUCAGCGCAGGACGUGUGUGUUCACC